AUGACUAAUACAUUAGACGAUGAUAUUUUGGAGCGCGGAAAACACGCUUUGACACACUUAGACAUAAAGAUAUUGGUAAUAGGGGCCGGUCCAGUUGGUUCACUUGCAGCUAUAUACGCGGCACAGCGUGGUCAUGAUGUAGAAGUAUAUGAAUUAAGGGACGAUCUUCGCGACUCUUCGGUCAUCCCUUUAAAUUUUACCAAGUCCAUAAAUUUAGCCCUAUCUGAACGUGGUAUUAAUGCUUUAAUUAAUUCCGGUAGAACGGAGAUGGUCACAAAAAUCCUUCAAGGCUCUGUACCUAUGAAGGCGCGUAUGAUCCAUGGACAGGGCAAGGAUGGUUUGCUCUACGAAGAAUCUCAAGAUUAUGACAUUCAUGGAAGGGCAAUACAUGCGAUAGAUAGGAGUGACUUGAACUCUGCACUGAUCGAAGAACUCUCCACAUUCCCAAACGUCCGAUUAAUGUUCAAUCACAAAUUGAUCCGUGCUGAUUUGAAAUCUCGCAAAAUUGAUUUUGAAAUCGUCUCUAAGUCAUCCACUGAACCGAAAAAAACUAAAACUGGAGUGGACUUUGACCUGUUGAUCGGGGCUGACGGGGCUCAUUCGGCUGUUCGCCAUCACAUGAUGAAACAACUAAGUAUGGACUACUCCCAAUCCUACAUUGACGUAUUAUGGUGCGAAUUUAAGAUUGAAGCAAAGGGACCUCCCUACGUCUCAUCAUCCGACUCAUUUAAAAUGUCCCCUCACCAUUUGCAUAUUUGGCCAGGAAAGGACCGUAUGUUCAUCGCCAUCCCAUCGAGCAAUGGCGAGUUUACCUGCACACUCUUUAUGCCAGCGUCAAUUUAUAAAAGUAUUGACCAGUCUUCUGAGGCGCUCGUAAAAUUUUUCCAGGAAAGCUUUCCCGGAGUUACGCCCCAGUUGAUAUCGCCUGAAUCGCUUAUUGAGUCUUUCAUCAAAAAUCCGCACCUUCCUCUUAUUAGUUUGACUUGUUCUCCGCAUCACUUUAGUGAUAACACUGUCAUACUUGGCGAUGCCACGCAUGCGAUGGUGCCUUUUUAUGGCCAAGGUAUGAACGCAGGUCUCGAAGAUGUUCGAAUUUUGUUCCAAACCCUAGAUAAGUACUCGUCACUUACAGACACGGAUACAAAAUCCCAGGCACUCGAAGAAUACUCAAGCAUUCGUGUAGAAGACAGCAAAGCGAUUUCACAACUUGCCCAAGAUAAUUACGAAGAAAUGCGAGCUUCAGUCAAGUCCCGCAUGUACAAAAUUCGAAAGCGGCUUGACGAAACUAUCAAUUUAUGGUUUCCAAACUCAGGGUGGGCGACAAAGUACUCAAGGGUAAGUUUCGGGAACGAACGAUACUCGGAUGUCAUCAAAAUUACUAUUAGACAAGAAGUUAUCAUCGAGAAGAUUUUAAGAGUCUUCGGAGUUGGAUUUCUAACCAGCAUUGGUUUUGGUAUGUGGAAAUUUAGGGGUGUGCUUAAGGAUAUGAUUUCAAGGAGAUAG